GGGGAGCACGGCCGCGAGGGUCAUGCUGCAAUGCAUAUUUUCCGUCUGUUCUGCAGGAAAUUCGAAGGAAAACGCACAAAUCUCUCGCCGUGCUUGCGUCCAAGAAUCGUUCUGAUCCUCGCUUGUCGGCUGGAUAUUCCUCGCCGUCCUCAUGAAAUCGGCAGGAGCUUAUGAGUAUGAAGAGGAUGGCGAGAAGGGGGGGGCAAACAAGAAGCCAAAUGGACUGCCUAUCUGGGGCAAUGAGAAGUCCAUGAACCUGAACCCCCUCAUCCUAACCAACAUCCAGUCCUCGCAGUAUUUCAAAGUGAAUUUGUACCAGCUGAAGACCUACCAUGAGGUGAUUGACGAGAUCUACUACAAUGUGACUCACCUGGAGCCCUGGGAGAAGGGCAGUCGCAAGACCUCUGGCCAGACCGGGAUGUGUGGGGGGGUGCGAGGUGUGGGUGCAGGAGGCAUUGUCUCUACAGCCUUCUGCAUUCUCUAUAAGUUGUACACACUCCGACUCACAAGAAAACAGGUGACUGGGUUACUGAAUCACAGCGAUUCUCCAUAUAUUCGUGGUCUUGGGUUUAUGUACAUAAGAUACACGCAGCCGCCAGCAGACCUGUGGGACUGGUUUGAGCCAUACUUAGAUGAUGAGGAGGAAAUAGAUGUGCGUGCAGGAGGGGGUCAGACCAUCACCAUUGGGCAGGUUGUGCGUCACAUGCUUACCAAGCUAGACUGGUACUCCACCCUCUUCCCAAGAAUCCCCGUGCCCAUCCAGAAGGACUUGGACAACAAGCUGGGAGAACGUGCCUCAUCCAGACCAGCUCUGUCUGCUGCUGCUGCUCCUGUCAAGACAGAGAGGUAUGCAGGCCGAGGGGAAGCAGAGCCCCAAGCCAAGGAAGGCGGCCGUGUAUAUGAAGCUGAGAAUCGAGAGUAUAAUUCAAGAGAACGAGGCGUAGCCAAAGAGAGAGAGAGAGACAGUGACAGGGAACGGGAUCGCGAGAGGGACAGAGAUUACGAGCGAGAGCGAGGGAAAGAGAGAGAUCACGAUAAGGAGAGAGAGCGAGAUGGCGAAAAACGGAAGGAGAGGUCGCACGAAAAGGCGAGAGAUCACCCCAGGGAGAGGAAUGGUGACUGUGACAGAGGUCGAGACCGGCAUAGGGACAGAGAGAGAGACCACCACGACCGUCACAGAAACAGGGACAAGGACAGGAAGAGGAGCAGAAGCCGCAGCCAUGACAGGAAACACAGGCACCAUCAUGAAAGAUAUGCUGAAGAAAGAGGUCACAGAGACUUUGCUGACCUCCUUGAGAGAGAAAAGCAUCGCAUCAAGAAAGAGAAGAAAACAGAUGGCAGUCGAGAUCACCACCACAAAAGUCGGUCCCGCUCCCGCGACAGAGACAGAAGACAUCGGCAUUAAACGUUAGGAAAGUACAGUCUACCUAGAAGGACUCAGAGGGUAGAGACAAUAAAAUAUGUUUUUGGUAUAAGGGACUCCAUAAAUAGCUCAUGUUGCAAAGUAGUAAUUGUUGAGCAGAAAUAGGGAAGUUGUGUAUCAGAAAUUUAUUUUCAAGGUUUGCUAUUAUUAGCAUUUUUUCUUUCUCUCUCUCUUUAUGUCAUUAAUGAUAUUGUAGCCAUCUUUUCUUUUCUCUUUUUGAUUUUUUAAGAAAAUUGUACAUGUUUUUGAACAUGUAUUAGUGUGUGUAUGUAUAUGUAUAUAUAUUUUCAUUUUUAUCCAGAAACCAAGUAGAGUUCUAGGAGAUAUUUUGAAUAGUCUGCAUUUCUAUAUGUACAAAUUAUUUUCAAACUAGUUUGUGGAAUAAUAGUUAUGUAAAUUAUGGAAAUUUUCACUUGUAAAAAUGUAUUUCAGUUUCUUCCAUGAUAAGGAGAAUCAUUAAUGUUUGUUGCCAUGAUUUUGAGACUGAAGCAGUGUAAUUCUGUUUAGAAGUAAAGUUUUGCCAUUUUAUAAGUGUUAAAUUUGGAUACAGUAUGAUCGUGAUGGCUGGGCUCAUGCACAUAAAUUUAGCAUGAACUUUCCUCUUGUAUAAUGAGUGUACUUGUCAUAUUUUUGUCACCAGCAUAUGUUAUUAGAGCAUUGGUUGUAACGAGGAAUGGUUGUGAAUUUUGGCCACUGGGAAAGUGUGAUCUUGAGUUGUAAUGCAGUAAUGACCACUUAAGUGUCUUUUUUUUUUUUUUUUUUUUUUUUUUUUAUGGUUUGUUAAAGUGAAAGCCAGGAUUGUAAGUUCGAUUGAUUGAUAGAGGAAAAAAUGGUCAUUGUCAGUUUGUGUAGAGCUUAAAGAGAUCAGUUUAUUGGAGUUGACCCAUCCAUAUAUAUACUUUAGAUUCCUUAUCAACAUAAAUUCCUCCAGCACCUCAAGGAGUAGCAUUGCACUUGACAGUUACUGUUAUAUAGUAGAGGACUACUGGUGUUUUUGACCAUCGUGUUCCAACAACACUGAUGUGCAUUGACUAGUUAUUUGUAUAUUGCUGUGUCAAGGCUUCAUGGUACACACUUUGAUAUCAAAGUGUAUUUGCUAGCUCAGGUGAUAGAUGAUCAGUAGAUCACAAGGUAGUUAUAAGGUGAUUCAUACCCCAAGAGACCAAGGGAGAAUAUCCAUCCUGAUUUAUUUCUGUGAAGUAGAUCUUGUAUUCUUGUAAUAAUGCCUGUAGUUGUAGUUUGACUGAAGAGUUCUUUAAAGUGUUCCGUAAAGGGCUGCAAGAAACUGUACAUUUUUAUCACUAAAAGAAAGCGAGUGAUUUGAACUCACGACUAGACCAGAUAAGAAGACAAUAUACAUAUAUAUUUUUUUUCUAUGAUAGGGGGUUAUCGACUCCAAAUCUGGAGCAUUUGUGAGCCCCCAGCCUUCAUAUAGACAUUUCUCUUGUUCUCAUAUGCCAGCCAGUCCUAAGUCUGUUUACAUGCUGUGUUACUCAGCCUCAAGUCUGUAAGAUGUAUUUCUGGGGAGGUUUUGCCUUAAAACAUGACUAAGGUUAAUGUCUUAGACUAAGCUCAAUCAACAAAUGUAAUUCUUGUCACAUUUAUAUGAUAAGAUACUAUUUUAAAUUGAAACCCCAUCAUGUACAAAAAUAAUGCCUAGUGAAAUUGUUUCUGAUUUUGGAUACAGUUGCUAAAAAUAUCUUGGACUAUUUUUUUUGUGUAGAAUUUUCUUAUCAGUAGUUCUGCUAUGUGAUCCUACUUGGACUGAAAUAUUUUUAUCAGAAUAUUUGGUUGUUUAUGGCCAUGCCUUUAUGUUCAACAGAAGCAAGUUAACUUUUAAUUUGAAGUGACAGCAUUGUUUGUCAGUUAUCUUAGUAAUAUUUAUAUUAAAUUAUGAAAUAAAGUAUUCAGUUUUUC